CUUGCUUUACUAUCCUAGACUAUUUACCUUUGCGGCGCUUCCACCGGCCAGUUUACAUGAAGUCGCCAAUAUAUAAAAUGGCGACAGUUGAAGGGCACCCAAUUACGGUUUUUGGGAAGGAGCGCCUUGCCCCCAAACAAAUCCAUUUUUCCGCCGUAUUAUGGUCACUUUGCGCCGCGAUCCCUAGGCGGGCAGCGAUCCGUACUGCACGCCAGCUAGUUACUGUUACGGACUGUAGCGAAAGGGUUAACGCGCCACUUUGUUACAGUUUUCGGGAUUUGCUCAGUGUUACAUUUGCUUACUCAUACUACAUCACGGCAGCCCAUCGUCGCUCCGCUGCCAUCAGCCCUCUCCUUUCCCCUUCCUCUCAUUUUUCUUCUUAUUCGUCAUGCAGUUUGUGCGAUCCACCUUAAAAAAGCUCCCCGCGAAAGUAGCAUGUGAAACAAAAUCUCGGCUAUGCCGGGACUGGGGUCAUUAAACGCGCAACACGCAGCCAGCUCUCCAUUUUAGUAUUUUUUUUUUUUUAAAAGCAGCGAGGCCCCAAACUUUUAUAUUUUAAUCGUACUUAACGAGAGAACUCUGUCGGACGCUGUAACGCUGCAUGUGCGCUUUCCCGGGGGAUCAUGUGGGGCGCUGGAUGGGGAUUUGGGGGAAUCGCGUUAAACAUCUGCCUCCGUAUUAGCUUGUAGAAGCCCAACAAGUCGGAAGGGACCCCAAAUCGACACGCAGUUGCGGGCUUUCAUACAAUUGGGUAGUUUUUUGGAUGUAUUAUUACUGAAGAUCAUGUGUACUGGAGCACCUGUUUAGCACUAUAAAUCUUUCGGUUGAUAUAUGUAACGUCUCAUCACGGGUAAAGUUCACCUCCCGAAUUUCCCAUUAUAUCUUAUUGUUCCUUUUGCCUAAAAACUUGCGGUAGCUCCAAAGACACCAUGCCGGUGCUGCAUCCUCUGUUUGCCGUGAUCGGUCACCUACGGACGGAGGAGCUUUCACAAGAAACGCUAAAUCACCGACAUUAAUAAGCGGCAUUGCCCCGGUGUGGCAUCGCCGCGCCAGCUUUCUUCGCCGAUCACUGUGCCGCCGUGAACUCGGAGCCCACCGCACAAAAUGGUAGCCCAUGGUGAAGCAGUCAGAUCAGCACGGGAUUCUGUUUGCUGCUAAAAGCACAUGUGUCUCGGAAGACGUCCCGGAAUCCACGCAAGACUAUGAGGCGCCGUGGUCUCUCCUACGGAGACGGCGACUGGCAGUGAGUGGCUCAGACUUGGUCCUCGUGGGAGUAACGGUUCCAGAGUUUUGCCGGUUCCCCCCACUGGGUCCUCCUGUAGCUAUGGCCAGCAAAAGGAAGUCGACAAUUCCCUGCAUGAUCCCAGCGAAAGCUGCGAGCAUGUCGGACGGGCAGGGCCAUAGCCCAGCAGGCUGUUUCCGUCUGACAGCCAAGAGCGCUGGUUUUAGCCUCCCCACGGAGAAGGUCGCCACCACAACAUGGGACUCGAAGGAGGAAGGCAGCUCCUCCAGCCCUGAAAGGGGUGCCCUGCGGCAUGAGGCAGACAGUUAUGGGUGCCAGCCAUGCCGGUUCGAAUCCCAAGAUCUCAACCUAUUCCUGGACCAUGUCUACAGUAGCCACCCAGACUUCCGGGCUGAGCCCAGCUUUCACUGUCUGGACUGCGGAGUCACCACCAGGAAGUUUGAGGGCUUGGCCUUGCACAAUGCCCGCGCCCACCCCAGCACUGCCACCACUACGCUGCAGGUACGCAAGAGAGACUGGAGGAUGAUCGUGGAGCAGAGCUUGGUCUCUGGUGGGGGCCCCACAGAGUCUGAGAUCUCUAUCACGAAGACUCCCAUCAUGAGGAUGAUGAAGGGCAAGGGCGAGCACAAGAAGAUCGUGGUGUCACAUGUUCCAGAUGAGGCAAGUCCCGCAGCCGGCAAUGAGGCGGAAGUGCAGGAGCACUCGGCAGCAGCACAGGUGGUCCCCACGGGGAAUAACAAGGCCACCCAAAGAAGUGCCCUUCCAGCCACUGUGCCGGUCGUCAAUGGGUCAUCAGUGGUGCCAGUGCUGAAGGUUCCUGUUGGUCAGGUGGUCCACAACUGGGCACAUCUGCAGAAAUCCUCACCUGUGGUUUCCUCUUCACACUCUUCCUCCUCAGACAGUAGCUCCAAGAACCUUCCCAAAGUGAUGAUCCCUCUGUGCAGCAUCCCCACUUACGAUGCUGCUAUGGAUACCAGUAGCUUCCUGAAGACCUCCUUCAGCAAGUUCCCCUAUCCCACCAAGGCUGAGCUCUGUUAUCUCACAGUGGUCACCAACUACCCUGAGGAGCAGAUUAAGAUUUGGUUCACGGCGCAGCGGCUCAAGCAAGGCAUCAGCUGGUCACCUGAAGAGAUUGAGGACUCGCGGAGAAAGAUGUUCAGCACCAUCAUCAAACCACCGUCCCCUCAGCUCACUUCCAGUGCCACCACCCGCCAAUCAUCCCAGGCACAGCUUCGCCCCUCCCACAACACCCAGCGACAGACCCAGACAACAGUCACAGUCAUGCCAACCACGUCAGUCCCCGGCAGUGUCUCCCAUGUCUUGCAGGGCAAGAGCGGAGUGAUUGUUUCUCAGCCAGUUGUGUCGAAUGGGAUCCAGGUGGGGGGCGGUCCAGUUACCCUGGCAGUCACACCCAAACCAAAUAUAGGAUCCGGACCACAAAUGCAAGCCAAGCCAGCUGCUGCACUGGUCGCAGACAAGGGGUUGGGUGUUGUCGUCAGCGUGGUGGGUAGCAGCAGCAGCAGCAGUGGGAGCUGCAUCGUUGGUAGCGGCACCCGCACCAGCAGCAUCAUCAGCAGCACCAUGAGCACUAGCAAUAGCAGUGGAAUUAGCUCUAGUAACAUUACCACCAUCACCAAUAACGAUACCAGCAAAAUGAACUCCAGCACCAGCUCUACCAGCAGAUUGAAUAGCAGCACAGAUGGGAGAGUGAUUGACCUAUCACCACUAGUUCCUGGUAGUAGCCACAGUUCUCGCAUGCUUCCCAGCAGCUUCCUAGACCCCAGCUUCUACAAGAGCAAGAAGUCGCAAGAGCAGCUGGGUGCCCUCAAGCAGAGCUUUACCCGAAGCCAGUUCCCAGAGCAGGAAGAGGUGGAGCGGCUCACCCGGAUCACAGGUCUGACAGUCCGCGAGGUCCGCAAGUGGUUCAGCGACCGCCGCUACCACAAUCGUAACCUGAAAGGCCUACGCUCUGGCGACAUGGGUCUACUUGGAAAGGGGUCUGUCCCGGACUUUGCCGACAGUCUCAUAUCUACCGAGAACCCGAAGGCCCACCGGUCCUCAGUGAGCCCACCGAUCCUGCAGCCAGAAUUGCCGUCUCCAAGCCCGGAUCAUUCCACACAUCGCAAGGAGCAGGAAGUUCGACAGAUGUGUGUCCUAGAGGCUAACAUGGCACUGGACCCACACCCGGCUGUUGAGGACCUGGUCCAGUUACAGACUAAGGCAAAGAAAAGUGGGCAAGCAUUUGAUGAGUGGUCAUCAGAGCAGCACAAGAAACCGGCACCUGAAAAGAAAAAGGAGGAGGCAAGCACGGACAAAGACAUGGAGAAUGACCGAGUGGACACUGUGACCAAAAAGGCAGAAACUUGCAAAGCACCGGCCCUCAUACCAGGAGCGCCAAGCCACACUGAGAUGGAAGACCUCAUGAGCAGUGGGCCAGGUGCGAAACCUAAAGUUGACCCCAUCAAGAUAAACCUGAAGAUGCUGAAGGUGACAGAAGCCAGUGGCCAGAAGGACCUGGACGAUGGUAUGUUGGAGUCCCAGAGUCUCAAGGUAUCUUCUCAUUUCCCAUGUGUCUCCACCAUCACGCCCACUCGUGGCAAGAAGACCCCGCAGCAGAUGCACAUGCUCAAGCAGGUGUUUGCCCGCACCCAAUGGCCCGGCAGCGUGCAGUACGACCAACUGGUGGCACUGACAGGGCUCCCGAGACCGGAGGUGGUCCGCUGGUUCGGGGAUAGCCGCUAUGUAUACAAGAACGGCCAGUUAAAGUGGCUUGAAGCCUACCAGCGUGCCAUGCUGGAGGAGGAGGAGGUGUUUGCAGAGGAAGAGGAAAGCCGGAGAAGAGAUGAGGCACCGGGGGACCACUCAGACACCCAGGGGACGACGGAGGGGGACAGAUCUCAGGGGAUCAGGGAGGAUCCCAGUCUCCAAGGAGCCAGUGUGCCCACGGCUCUGCGCACUGAGCCAGUGAAGGGAGCUGAGCAGGCAGCAAAUAAGGAGACCAAAAAGGUGCAUGGGAUGGCGAGGGAGAUGACAGCUGUACUGUAUCCAGGUGGCUUGGCUGCUAAAGAGGACGUGUCUCUUGUAGCUGAAGCCCAGCUGAAGCCCUGCAAAGGUCUUUCAGGAGGGGAGUGAUGCAGCAGCUGCGCGGCUCCAGGCACCAGCACCGAAGCGACUCCUUCGCCAGCAGUCGGGGGCCGAGUGCAUCAGCCACAGAAAAAAAAAACAAGCGUGCUUUUUAAAAACAUUUUAUAAGAUCUGAGACUUUAUACCCAACCCCACCGCCUGCUGUCUUAAAAACGAGGGAGAAAAGGAAAGGUUUAGAACAAACUGGCCUGCAAGCGUUGAAGCUUGCCAGGUGUCUAUGGGGGCCAUUUCUCGCCCUCCUGGGACCAGCCAGUUAGGGGUACGGGGCUAAAGGGGGGGAGGGGGGCACCGAGGUGGGACAGGUCAACAGCCCCUGGUGGCUGCAGACAUUAUGAAACUGGAAAGGGGCAUUUAAAUCCUGACUGAUGACAAAAGUGUCAAUGUGUUUGUUGUUUUGUUUUUAUAUUUGUUUUAAGCGAUUAGUACUUUUAGCACAGCCUUGAAUUUUACUCCAGUUUUGUCUUUUUUAUACUGUGAGUCCAGCUGUAAUUGCCUUGUCACUAAUGGGUCGACGGAUCCAUCCACGCUGUGCUUUCUGCAAAGUUAAUGCUUGAGUCCAGGAGGCCUGGGAUGAUCUGAGACACACACACACACGCACACACACACACUCUGCCCGCUGAAGUCUAAUGCUGGCUUGCAUGUUUCAACCAGUGUGCACUGAGCUCAACUGAUCAAAAAUGACUGUAAAGGAGGCAAGCUAUCCAACAACAAACAUUUAUUUGCAAAAUGUAAAGUAUGGGAUCAGGGGGCGGAGCAAAGAAUUUGGACGCCCGGGCAGACCACCAGCAACGCAGCCGAUGACCAGCCAUAAGUGUGAGUAACUGUACCGCCCUGUUCAUUGUGAUCAUGUUUACCAUGUUCAUCAUGCCGUAUUCUAUCAGAUCUGCAUUCCUGUUAAGCUGCAUUUUUUAAGGGAAUUAAGGUGCUCUCUGAUAAACAAAGGUUGCAUCAAUAGACAUUAAUGAAGCAUUAACCACUUAGCACAAAAAACCUUUGCGAUGAUUUUAUUUGCAGAAAUUUUGAACUGUGCGCAUAUUCCUGGAUUUACGGUACUUUGGUUAUUAGAACUGUGAAAAGCAAGCCUAAACCCUCUCAGCAGAAUGCAGGUUUGCCGCGCCUGACGCUGUCACCGAUUUUAUCUUUGAGUAUUUGCAGAAUAAAUGGAUUAUGACUAACAA